AUGUCCCGGCUGCUGGGAGCGGCGGCGGCCGGGCGGGAAGCGCGGGCUGCGAGGGCUGCUUAUAAAUUAGAGGGAAGCAACCGAAAACUUUACUGUUGUCUUCUUGUAAUGGCUUCUGUAGGACACAAACUCUUGAAUUUCUUUGCCAUCAGCCUAGUUCAGCCAGCAGUGUCGGUGGGAAAUGUUGGUCAACUGGCAAUAGAUCUAGUGAUUUCCACACUGGAUAUGACUAAAGUUGGUUACUUUUACACUGAAUGCCUGGUGCCAAUGGUUGGAAAUAAUCCGUAUGCAACGGCAGAAGAAAACUCAACAGAGCUGAGUAUAAAUGCUGAAGUGUAUUCGUUACCUUCAAAGAAACUUGUAGUUCUGCAGAUCAGAUCACCUUUUAUAAAGAACAAGUACAGGCCAUUCUGUCAAACACUGCUUUCUUGGGUGAAAAGCAGCAAAUGUGCCAGAGUAAUUCUUCUGUCUAGCAGCCAUGCAUACCAGCGUGAUGAUGAGCAACUUCUUGGGACACCACUACGUUACUUACUUACACCUGAUCUUGAGAAAGCAGUUGGAGGCCUUAUGCAGGAGCGAAACUGGAAAGAAAUGGAAAAAGUGGCAGCUUACCCUGGAGUAAAUGAUACAGAAAAAGUUCUACAUAUUCCUGGAGGUGGCAUCACAAAACUGUUGUUUACUGAGAGUUGUUCAAAAGGAAUCCAAAUGGCAGUUCUUCUGAAAUUCUGCUCAGAAGGGGACAACAUCCCUGAUGCAUUUGCUCUUGUUAACUAUCUUAAUGAAUGGCUCCAGCUAAUUAAAAGCGAAAGCAAUUCCACAGAUACUUCUUCACAGUGGAAAAUCCCAAGUUCUUGGCGCUUACUUUUUGGCAAUGGUCUUCCACCUGCGCUCUUCUGA